CUUCUAAACCCCUGCCCUGGUUAUCUAGCCUUUUAACAAUGGCUCACACCAGACUUAAAAUUCCAAUUCUCUCAACUAUCACUACAACUGCUAUUAAAUUCUCGAAAUCAUCAUUGCUUCAUGGUUAUCGCCGCCAUAUCUGCCACUGUUCAUCACCCGUAUCUAUUUCUCAAAAUCAACAACGACAACCGCAAAUCAGGAGCCCUCAACUCGUCGCAUUGGAGUAUGCUGAUCUUAGCAUUCCGCAUAUUGUGUGUGAGGAGUUAGGUGCUACUAGGGUGAGGCAACAUGUUAAUCCUCUUAGCUCUACUUUAUCAAUUCCUGUUGAAGUGCCAAACUGGAAUGAUGUAUUUGAAGACCCAAAGUUGCCUCUAGUUGUUGAUGUAGGAAGUGGUAGUGGCAGAUUUCUCAUGUGGCUUGCUAAGAGAAAUCAUGGUUCCAAGAACUAUAUGGGCCUUGAGAUACGAAAAAAGUUGGUUACACGUGCUGAAAAAUGGGCGGAAGAGCUGUCUCUUAGUAAUAUACAUUUUGUGUUUGCAAAUGCCACAAUAUCCUUCAAGGAGCUCAUUUCCACAUAUCCUGGGCCUUUGAUGUUUGUUUCAAUAUUGUGUCCAGAUCCUCAUUUUAAGAAAAGACACCACAAAAGAAGGAUUGUGCAGAAGCCUCUUGUGGAAGCAAUUACCGAUAGUUUAAUGCCUGGAGGACAGGUGUUUAUACAGUCGGAUGUGCUUGAAGUUGCAGUUGACAUGCGGAAUUAUUUUGAUGCUGAGUCAGCAAAGCUCAUGUUUGAAUCGGAUUUGGCUUGUGACAAUGAAGGAUGGUUGUUAAGCAAUCCAAUGGGGAUUCGAACUGAAAGAGAGAUUCAUGCAGAAUUUGAAGGAAUAUAUAGCUCGAACUAUAACAUAUGUGAAAGAUCGUAUUACAUCAAGUCUGCGUUUGAUCAUUUCAACACAACACCUACACCCGCCAGAAGAUUAUCACGAUUGUUUUCGUGA